AUGACAUUUUUUUUAUUUGGUGGACUGUCUUCUAGGUUUCUUGCUCAUGCAAAAGUUGAAUCUUUGAAAUCAAAGGAGGCAGCUGAACAAAGGAUGCUUAAAAAAAGAAGCUGGUUUUCUUUUAGAUGGAGUACAGCUACUGCAGAUGUGUCUGCAGGGGAUACUUCUGAAGAAGCUAAUACACUGGAGGACCAAUUGACCCGGGAGGAAUGGCAGGCAAUCAAUAAACUACUAAGUUACCAGCCAGAUGAGGAACUGGUGCUGCAGUAUGGAAAAGAGAAUAUGAUCCAGUAUUUGUUAAAUGUUUCUAUCAGUAGAGCAGCUGCACGGAUAAUUGAUAUACAUCACACAGAGAUUGUUUGCGGUAGAUUUGAAAAUCUUUGUGUGUCUACAAAAUUAAAGCAUCGGAACUCCCACUGCGACGUGACCCUCAAAUUUUAUGGAUUGUCUGCUCCUGAGGGUUCACUUGCCCAGAGUGUCAUUAGCGAGCAGAAGGUGAAUGCUCUACAAGCUAGUUUCAUACAAGCACCUUCUGGGGAAAAUGUCGACUGGCGUCUAUCUGCAAGAAUCUCGUCUUGUGAUGUUACAGUUUUCAGGGAAACCUAUGACCGGUUUUUAGAAUUUAUGAAAAGGAGCAAUGCUGUUAGCCCUACUGUAGCAUUAGAAACUGCAACUGUUUUACAGAAUAAAAUUGAAAAGAUGACUCGCAGAGCGCAGGAGCAAUUUCAAAUGGUACUCGAGAAGCAAAGCAGAUUUGCCCUUGACAUUGAUCUGGAUGCUCCAAAAGUUAGAGUUCCUGUUAGACCACGUGGCUCCUCCCAAUGUGAUAGCCAUCUUCUUUUGGAUUUGGGUCAUUUUACUUUACAUACCAAGGGUGAUGGCCUACUAGGUGAUCAGAACCAAAGUUUGUAUUCUCGUUUUUAUAUCUCCGGAAGGGACAUAGCAGCUUCUUUUACAGAUUGCGGUUCUGAUGAUCAGGCUUGCAGUUUGUCAUGUCAGCCUUCGGCAUAUCAUAACCCGGAAGAUGCCAAGAACUUAUGCUCUCUUGUUGAUAAGUGUGGAAUGGCUGUUAUUGUGGAUCAGAUUAAGGUGCCUCAUCCCGGCCAUCCGUCAAUGCGUGUUUCUGUUCAAGUUCCCAAUUUUGGCCUUCACUUUUCGCCAGUGAGAUAUCGCAGGCUGAUGGAGUUGUUAGACAUACUAUACCGAGCAAUGCCAGAUACUGAGCAGCCUGCUAUUGAAAAUCUCCCACCAGAAUAUGCCCCUUGGUAUCCUCCUGAUCUUGCAAUUGAGGCUCGGAUCCUUGUUUGGAGGGGGAUUGGCUACUCAGUUGCUUCAUGGCAACCAUGUUAUCUUGUGUUAUCUGGUUUAUAUCUUUAUGCAUUGGACUCUGAGCUGUCCCACAGUUAUCUUAGAUGCUCAAGCAUGGCUGGUAAGCAAGUACUUGAAAUUCCUCCUGCAAAUAUCGGAGGUACCUUUUCCUGUAUCGGCAUCAGCGCCAGAGGAAUGGAUAUGCAGAAGGUUCUGGAGUCCUCUAGCACAAUGAUAAUAGAGUUCCGUGAUGAGGAGACGAAGGCUACUUGGCUGAGAGAACUUACAAAAGCCACUUAUCGAGCUUCUGCUCCUCCUCCUAUGAACAUACUUGGAGAACUAAGUGAUGGUGUAGCGGAAAUUGCUGAACCUCGAGCUGUAAAUGCGAGGACUGCUGAGCUUGUUGUUAAUGGAACACUGAUUGAGAUGAAAUUGUCAUUAUAUGUAAAGGCCGUAGAUGAUCUGGCAGAGAGACUUGACGAGACACUACUCCUUGAUGUUCUUGCUGCUGGUGGAAAGGUUUUUCUUACUUCCUAUACAUUAGUACAAUUUCUAGUUGGUUAUCUUUAUUAUGUUGUAUGUAUUUAGAUUCUGUGUAGGAUU